GCUUUCAUACUAUCGAUCUUUUGACCUCGAACGACGUCGUAGUCAGCUUUGGCAACACUUUUUCUUCUUCAGCAGCUCACCCCCAACAAGAAGCACCAACCUUCAACCUCCGUAGAAGAAAGAAAUACAAGAAGAAGAAGAGUCUCAGAAUUGCUUAGGCUGAUCGUCUGCUACGCGAAAGGAAAAGGGUCGGGCUUCAGAAGUGCCAGAGUGCCAGAGUGCCACGUUGCCACGUGGAAGCAAUCAGUCGGUGGAUAGGUGAAAAGUCGAAAGUCAAAAGCUUGACGGGGAGAGAUGCCGGAGGAGGAUUUGGUGGACAUAAAGUUCAGGUUGUAUGAUGGUUCCGAUAUUGGGCCGUUCAGCUACUCAUCGGCCUCCACCGUUGAUAUGCUUAAGCAGAGGGUCGUCUCCGAUUGGCCCAAAGGCAAAACUAUGACACCCAAGACAGCUAAUGAAGUGAAACUGAUGAGUUUUGGCAAAAUUUUGGAAAACAACAAGACAGUGGGUCAAUGCAAAUUACCUUUUGGUGAUGUUGGUGGGGGAGUUAUCAUAAUGCAUGUUGUUGUACAGCCAGCUAUAGAAAAGGCUAAAACAGAAAAGAAGGUUGAUGAUUUGCCCCGGAAAGUUGUCUGCUCCUGUUCCAUAUUGUGAAAGAAACUGUUUGAUGUUGGGAUCUGAUGACUUGGGAAUGAAUGAUUUGGCUACAGUAACCAUCUCCGGGCAUACGUUUGUUCAUUUUUCUUGCAGCACCAAUGUGUACAAGUUGUGAUGUGUGUACAGAAAACCAUGUUGUUGGUGAUUUCAAUAGUUGCAAGGCUUUUGUCUUCCACCAUCACAGAUUGCUUUUUCUUUUGUUCAUCUAUCCAUUUGUUAUGUGCCUUUUCCUGUGUCUUGUCCUAUAGGUUUGCUUGGAUGAUUGUAGCAGUAAUACAAAGCUGUAUAGACCUUAUUAAUGCAAAGAUCCACAGUUCAACUACAA